CAAAUAAAUACACAGAAUUGAUGCAGCAGUGUCAUUUCUACUGACAAUCACGUGUAUAAUCAAUUAGUUAAUCCUUUUUUUUUUUUAAAUAGCAACUGCCAUCUGAACAUUAAUUAUAAUUCUGCAAACAUUGCAUUAUUAGAACAUUGUUGAAACAGCGAAAGACCUGAAGUGAAUGCUACUUUACUGAACAGUACUUGGGAAGGUGGCAGUAUUUGUCAUAUGAACCGUGACUCGCAGACUGACUGUAGGUGUAGGUACUGUCUAGCCACUGUGCUGCUGUGAACACGGAAGCGAAAGAAGGACUUCCCUCUGGCCAAUAAGUCAUUCCUUUUCGGAAACAGUUGAAGGAAAACAUCGUCGCCUGUCCAGACAUGUCUACUGCUUACAGAAACAGAAUACAGGAGUUCAAAGUAGCUUUGGGAGGAGAAAACAUAAACCUGAAGACACUGAGGGAACUGUGCUUCAAUGGAAUCCCAUUUGAAGGAGGCAUACGGGCGCUCUGCUGGAAAAUUCUUCUCAAUUACCUACCUCUUGAUCAGACACUAUGGGAGUCUUUCCUCAAAAAGCAGAGGGAGGUGUACUCCCAGUUCCUAAAAGAAAUGAUCAUCCAGCCUGGCAUCGCCAAGGCCAACUUGGGCCUUUCUAGAGAAGAUGUGACAAUGGAGGACCAUCCUCUAAAUCCCAAUCCAGACAGCAGGUGGAAUACCUACUUCAAAGAUAAUGAAAUUCUGCUGCAGAUUGACAAGGAUGUAAGGCGGUUGUAUCCUGACAUGGCAUUUUUUCAACGUCCCACUGAAUACCCCUGCCAGCUUAUCUUGGAUCCUCAGAAUGAUUAUGAGACACUACGUCGACGAGUGGAACAAACCACCCUAAAAGCACAAACCGUAAACCGCAACCGCAGUGGAGUCACCAAUGUCAGCUCGCCUGGAAAAGCUCUGAACCUGUAUCCAUCCAAUGAAUAUGAAGUGCUGCCCAAUGGCAGUGAAGCACACUGGGAGGUAGUGGAGCGGAUCCUCUUCAUCUAUGCCAAACUUAACCCUGGGAUUGCAUACGUACAGGGCAUGAAUGAGAUUGUUGGGCCGAUUUACUACACUUUUGCCACAGAUCCUAACAGCGAGUGGAAAGAGCAUGCUGAAGCAGAUACCUUUUUCUGUUUCACCAACCUGAUGUCAGAGAACAGAGACAACUUCAUCAAGAGCUUGGAUGACUCUCAGUGCGGCAUCACGUACAAGAUGGAGAGUGUUUACUCCAUGCUCAAAGACAAAGACCUGGAGCUCUAUCUCAAACUGGAAGAGCAAAACAUCAAACCCCAGUAUUUCACAUUCCGCUGGCUCACCCUGUUGUUAUCUCAGGAGUUCCUCCUGCCAGAUGUCAUCCGCAUCUGGGACACCCUGUUUUCUGACCAGGACCGAUUCCAUUUCCUCAUCCUGGUUUGCUGUGCCAUGCUCAUACUUAUCAGAGAUAGCUUGCUGGCAGGAGACUUCACAGUGAACAUGAGAUUACUGCAGGAUUAUCCCAUCUCAGAUGUCCAUACCAUUCUGACCAAGGCCAAAGAGCUGCAGGAUAAUUCAUAAUCUGUUCCCUCUUUUCCUUCUGCCUUCUCCGCUCACAAGUGGUAGGUCGGAGUUUAAAAACAUUUUACAACAUUGUCAUGUCAAACAUGUAUUGUGGAUGGACUUGAUAAAUGAAGAGACUGAACAGAUGCAUUGGGAAAACUGCAUACUGCUUUUUAACUCGAUGUCUGAUGUUUGACCUUUGGGGACUGCAGUGAAAAUCUAGAGGACAUGUUGAAACAGUUUCUUCCUCGACGUGAGAAGGGAGGGGGCACCACUUGCUUCACAAUGCAUUAUGGGAAACCUCUCCCUUGGUAACUGUUCCUCCUGCCCUCACAGCCAUUUCUCCCAUGGAGAUGUGUUGUGCUCAGAUAAAUGUACUGGCAAUGAACAUUUGAGGGAGAUGAAGCCACCGUAAUCCUACACUACAGAUGUUAGUUUAUCAUGAAAGCAUACCAGAAAUGUUCAACAAUGGAGCCAAGAAAAAUCCAGCUGCAAUCAUAUAUGUAGUCAUAUUGAGCAGGUGUUUGUGUUCAGCAAUAGUGCAUGUUUGUACUUUAAGAGUUUUUUAAUUUUUAAAAGUCUUUUUUAAAUGUAAGAGACAUGUAUGCCUUAUCUGUUUAAUGAGGUGGAACAGGAAGCAGCAUUUCUGGGUAUAUUUUCAGCUUGAUAAAAUAAAUAUGAAGUGAUGGGCCUGA